UUUGUCUUCUCAGGCUGGAUUUGAUGUUUUCUGCGUGGAUCUCCAAACUCCUGCUGAACUUUUGAGGGGAUUUUUCUGUUAUAUCACGUCGACCUGUGAUCUGACGUUUAAUCCUUCAGUCCUUUCAAAAAGCUAGCCCAAGUCGCCAAAGGAUCUCAGUCUGUGGUUUCACCUUUAUCCAGUAUUAGUAAAGAGUCUUUAUCUUCCACAGAGCACAAACUAUGAAACUGUCUCUGUCCUGUAUACUCCUGACAGUCGGACUGGUAGCUGGGUACCGCAGUCCUCUGAAUGACUUCCAGCGUUCUGAGGGCAGAGAGCUGGUUCCCACCUCCUGGAACUCUGCUCGAGUGUUGACGUUAUCUGGACUGAACCUGGAGGACUGUGCCACGCGCUGCUCACAGUCACUGGACUGCAGAGCGUUCAACUACGAGACACGUCCGACCGUCAGCUGCAAGCAUCUGCCCUGGGUGGGCGAUGGCAGCAACGCAGAGGUGAAGAGAAACGUAAACUGUGACCUUUACGAGAAGAAAGUCUAUGUGAGGAAGUGCAUCGUGGGGAAAGGGGAAGACUACCGAGGGAAGGUUUUCACCACGAAAAGCGGCCUCACCUGCCAACAGUGGUGGUCCAAGUUCCCUCACGAUCACAGGUGGACUCCCACGGCCGCUAAUGGCCUGGAGUUGAACUACUGCAGGAAUCCAGAUGGGGAUCGAAUCGGCCCGUGGUGCUACACCACAGAUCCUGAGCGACGCUACGAAAGCUGCAACAUUCCUCAGUGUAAAGAUGAGGUGUGCAUCACAUGUAACGGAGAGGACUACAGGGGGCAGGUGGACCACACCGUGAGCGGCAGAGAGUGUCAAAGAUGGGACCAGCAGUAUCCUCACCAACACAUCUACCAGCCGGAAAAGUAUCCUGAUAAGAGUUUAGACGAUAACUACUGUCGUAAUCCCGACGCCUCUCCUGUGCCCUGGUGUUACACCACAGACCCCGAGGUGGAGAGAGAGAACUGCGAGAUCAAAAAGUGCACUGAGGUUCGCGUCGAGAAACGGCAGCGCUCCAGCUUCACCACCAACUGUUUCCGCGGCCGUGGGGAGGAUUACCGCGGCAAAGUCAACGAGACGACAUCAGGUAUCCCCUGCCAGCGGUGGGAUGCCCAGCAACCUCAUGAGCAUCCCUUCUACCCAAACACAUAUGAAUGCAAGGGUUUGGAGGAGAACUACUGUCGUAAUCCAGAUGGGUCGGAGGCUCCCUGGUGCUUCACAUCUGUCCCCGAGAUGAGGACUGCUCUCUGCUUACAGAUCAAACGCUGUGCAGACGACAUAGAAGCCGAGGAUUGCUAUCACGAAAAUGGAAAAAACUACAGAGGAAUGGUUCGCAAAACACGUAAAGGGAUCACCUGCCAGAAAUGGAACGUGAACACACCUCACCAGACCAAGAUAAACCCAAGGACACAUCCCGAGGCCAAUCUGACAGAGAACUACUGUCGUAACCCAGAUGGGGACCAGCAUGGACCCUGGUGCUACACCACUGACCCCAAAACCGAGUUUGACUACUGUGCCAUCAAACAGUGUGCUGGAGAGAAAGUGUCCCUGACCGAAUCAGUAGAGAAGGUUGAGUUUAGUGAGUGCGGGAAGAGAGACGACCGUGUCCCAGUAUCGAGGUUGCGUAUCGUGAACGGGAUUCCCGGAAACUCGCCGUGGACAGUGAGCCUCAGAGACAGGAAAGGAAACCAUUUCUGUGGAGGAUCCCUGGUUAACCCCAGAUGGGUGAUCAGCACCAAGCAGUGUUUCUCCUCCUGCUACGUGGACCUGCCCGGGUACUCGGCCAUGAUGGGAACGCUGUUUCGUGAUCCCCAAGAAGGAGAGCCCGGAGUGCAAACCAUCCCCCUCACCAAGAUCGUCUGCGGACCCUCUGAGUCUCAGCUGGUCAUGCUGCAACUGGAAAACCCUGCCCAGUUUAAUGAGCGUGUCUCUCAGAUCUGCCUCCCUCCUGAGCGCUACAUCGUAGCUGAGGGGACGGCCUGUGAGAUCGCAGGAUGGGGCGAGACGAGAGGGACUGGGGAUGAAACCGUCCUAAAUGUGGCCCAAAUACCAGUUCUUAGUAACAAGGAAUGCAACAAAUACUUCAGAGGUCGAGUUCGUGAGAAUGAGAUGUGCACAAGCUCUUUCCAGGGCGGAGUAGGUGCCUGUGAGAGAGACUACGGCGGCCCUUUGGCGUGUCAGAACAGGGACUGCUGGGUACUCGAGGGUGUGAUCAUCCCCAUGAGGCGCUGCGGACACCCGGGGCAGCCCAACAUCUUCAUCCGAGUCUCUGUCUACGUGGACUGGAUCAAAAAGGUCAUGGAGAUGGCUUAGAGACAGACUCUGCCAUCCAGCAAGGAACUGAUCAAAUCCACUUUCAAACCACUUUGGAGCAGUCAUUCACUUGACCAUUUACAUUUUCCUCUUCUCAGAUAUUUCUACUAAUUUAAAAAUACAAAUAAUACAUCAAAAUGUAUAAUCAAGUGUUAUUAUGUCAGAUUUUUUCAUUGAGUAUUAAUGUCAUUCUUUCAUUUAAAAAAAUGUAGCAACGCUUCUUCAUGGAGAAAUAGUUAAGAAGUCAGUUUUUAUGCCUAUUUACGUUCAGUUAAUUCUUUUAGCCAGGGUGUCCAACAUUAGGUGAAUCAGUACAGUAAUUUAAAUUCAUGAGCUGCCUGUUGUGCACAGCCAAAAUCCUCCAGACAGAAUAAGCAGAAAACAUUUACAUUCACAAAACAUAAUCAUGUACGUGAAGACGCAAAGCAAAGAGCCGAGAAGAGACGAUUUAGCAUAAAAAUGUGUGUAAAGAUGUUCAAAUUUAACUUUACUUUAACAACCUUUAUUUAACAUUUAGCAGCAGAACACAAACAUUUAAUAAAUAGUUUUAAACACACUGUAUUGUAGUUGCAAGCGCGUUUAAGCAUUUAUUAAUGCACAGUAUUUUUCAGAAAAUAUUUUAAAAAUAUUUUCUAUUAUUACAACUGUGUUUUACAGCCUCCACAGCCCACAGCAGGAGUUGUCUUAAUACAUGAUUAAAUACUUGUAUCUGCUCACAAUUACAUUAAAGUGUGUAGUAAACAAUUUAUUAGAUGUUUAUGUAGUGCCUAUAAAUGCUAAAGAGGUUAGGAGUUAAAGUGUUGCCAGUUUUUGUUAUUUAUUCCCCAAAAAACUGAAAAGAUGCAAGGCUGAAAACUAAUUGUAGCCCCUCAGGUUCAGAGAGGAAUGACUGGAGCUAAUUAACUUCCAAUAACAGAGGAGGUGCGCGGGGUUUGCAGCACAGUUUUUACGUUCCUAACAUCCCCUGGAAAUGCACCCUUUACCACAAGACUGUACGCCCUCCCCUCCUCUCCCUGGCAUUGAAUGGAGCUCCAAAAUACCUUCUUUGCCCCCAGCCUCUAAAGAAAUCCCUCCUCUGCCUGUCUUUUGAUGCCUGCCCCCACCUCUAAAGACAUGCCUUUGUGCCUUAUGCAGAACUGUAUGCGCUGCACAUUCUUUCUAGUUCUAUAGGAGGAUUUUUGUAACCCGGUCCUGAUGAGCCCACGGAAUUCAGCUUAAAUAAACCUCAAGAUCAGAGUCCAACCGAAUCUCAGACACACCAGCCUGCAGAAGGCCACUGAACUCUCUCUCUCUCUCUCUCUUUCUGUCUGUCUAACACACACACACACACAUACAAUUCUCUCUCAUGCAGCCCACCCUCACCCCUCUCUGUCUCUUACUCCCCAUUAUAUCUUCCUGUUUCUUUUUCCUGGUAAUUUUCACACCAACACUUUUUCUUUUGUCUCGAACAAGCAGACGAUGCUGACAUUUUAUUAUUGUUGCAGAAAUACGAGCUAAUAGGACUGACGUGUAGACCGUGUUCACAGCUAACUAAUGGUGGCCAAUUAUCCUCCUGCUUCAUACAGCACAUGAAAAUGGAAGGCUGACAGUUAAGACUUUAGCGUCAUUCUGUUCACUUUCAUUUAGUAAUAUUUAUAGUGGAUGACUAAUCAAAUUCUUAUAUGACUACUGGUUCAUAGCAACUGUUGCCAAAAGCUUCUGGGAAAGCUGACUAAAUUUUUUAAUAAAUGCUGUUGCAAAAAUA